AUGAGUAACACACGAGUCCGCGCCCUGAAGGGUGAAGCAAAGACAGUAUCGCGAAAGGCACGCAAAUCCGGCCGUGCCUCGGGCGCUGCAUCCCCGGGCGGCUCCGACAUACUGCAAAAGGUGUUCCACAGCGACGAUGCGCCCCGGUCCGAAGCCUCGGCCACGCCACCGGGCACACCACUCCGUUAUGACUCGGACGGCGGCGAGGGUGACAACGACGAACCGCAGCAGCAGAAAGAUCUAUCCUUCAGCUCGGCAGACGACGGCCACCAGCAGGGACCGUUCGACCCGAGGAAGCUGGUGUCGGAGCUUCAGGACCGUAAACCAACGCACGUCGACACGCGCCUCCUCCUCCUGGACCACUACGUUCGCAUGCUGCGGAGCCGGUACGCCGAUGAGCUGGAAGGCGUGGACAGCCCGGGCGAACUCCUGGGGACUUUUGUGCGGAGCGCCGACCGCGCGACUUCCGCGCGCGAGCGCUCCCUCAGCCUGCAGGCCUACACGCUGACGCUGUGCCUCUCUGACGCGGCCGACGGGACCCCGUGGCGUACGUCGCUCAGGCGCAUCCUGGCCGACGACGACGACGACGAGUGCAAGGUGCAGGCCCUGCAGGCCCUGACGGUGUCGACGUGCGCGGGCGCCACCGCCGAGGACGACGUGCUCGACUACAUGGAUUUCUUGGUCGACGCGGUCCAGGCCAACGGCGAGACGGUGUCGGCCGUGGGGCGCGACGCCGUGACCGUCUCCCUCCUGGAGUCGUGGGGCUUUGCCGCCACCCACGUCGGUGACCUGUGGGCCCAGGCCGACUACACCAUGGACGCCUUCGUCGACAAGCUCGACAGCACCGACGUCGACACCCAGACCGCCGCGGCCGAGUCCAUAGCCUUCAUCUUCGAGUCCUCCCGCGAGCACGAGCAAGUCGAGGGCCACCCCUACGACCUGCCAUACGACCCCGCCCGCCUCUCCACCCGAAUCCGAGAUAUGACCAAGGGUGCGGCAAAGUCCAUGUCCCGCCGCAACAGGCGUGACCUCCGCGAAGCCCUCCGCAGCGUAGUCACCUCGCUCGACAACUCCGUGGGGCCGUACUACUCCACCGCCGCCGCCACCGCCGCCGCCGCCGCAGCGGCAGCGGCAUCAUCAUCAUCGUCGCGGGAUGACGCCUCCACGGAUGCCCACGUAGGAUACCGCCUCAAGCUGCGGAAGCGCAACGCCUCCUCAUCGUACGGCUACAGCGCCCACGUCGAGUCCUGGCACCACUACCUCCGUCUCACCAUGCUGCGCAGCAUCUUUGCCAACGGCCUGGAGCGACACAUAGAGCACGACACCCCCUUUGUCGUCGACACCCUGGACGGUCUGGACUGGCAGCUCGUUCGGAAGACGGAUACAAGAGGUGGUCUUGGUGCGGGUAGCACUUUUAUCUUUGGUCAUGACGAUGAUGACGAUGAUGAAUGA